AUGGAGAGCCCGAGCGUGGACAAUGCCGAGCCCAAGCCCGCCAGGGCCGCCACAUUCCCCGGCGCAAUCGCGUCCGACGGGGCAUCGGGCUCGAGCGGCAGCCAACAUGAGAGCCAGAGGAAUUCCCGUCGCAUGCCGGCCAUUGGAGGGCCACUGGUCCGCAACUCGACCGCGCAGACGCUCCAGGAGAACCGAACAGAGUCGAGCGCCAUUGAUCCGCUGUCGCAGCACAUUAUCCAACGCACCAACACACAAAAGUCAAUCCCUCUGAAGUUGCUGGGAAAGGCGUCCUACGAGGCGGAAGCGGGAGGCUCGGAGCAGAGCCUGUCCGAGCAGGGAGCAGCCCGGGGAGAUGCGCCGACAUCUAAAUUACCCAGAGAAAAGAAAAAAGGUGUCUCGUUCCUGAGCCGCAUCAUCGGGGCCAAGAAAAAGGACGCCUUGUCCGAAGUGGAAGAUGAGAGCUCCGAAGUCGAGGCCAGCCGGAUGUCUGUGGACACUUCGCAGCCCAUUGGUUUCAUCCCGCGGCAUCCGGCACCCUCUCGCUAUCUGAAAGUCCGUGCGCAAUACAAGAAAGACAAGAUCUUUAACCGGGUCUUCCUGGCACAAGAACUGGAGGGCACAGAUGCACCGGUCACCGAAGGGCAAACUUCCACAGCACGUAAUGGUGAACAAACUGAGAGAGCCGUCUGGGCGAUGGAGUUUUCCCAGGAUGGCAAGUACCUUGCGGCGGCGGGCCAGGAUCGAAAGGUCCGGGUGUGGGCUGUCAUUGCAACCCCAGACGAGCGCGAGGAGGCAGAUCGAGAAGGGAACAAAACGAGCAAUGACAAACAAGAACCGCCUCGCCUGAAAGCAUGGGUGUUUCAGCCCAAGCCGGUUCAGGUGUAUGAGGGUCACACGGGGAGUAUCCUGGACGUGAGCUGGAGCAAGAACAGUUUCAUUCUUUCCUCGUCCAUGGACAAAACAGUUCGGCUGUGGCAUACAAGUCGACCUGAGUGUCUCUGUUGCUUUCAGCAUAGUGACUUCGUCACCUCGAUCCAAUUUCACCCCACAGACGACCGUUUUUUCCUUGCGGGAUCCCUGGACACCAAACUGCGCCUGUGGAGUAUCCCAGACAAAAGCGUGGCGUUUGUGACUACUUUACCCGACAUGAUCACCGCGGUGGCAUUUACCCCAGAUGGGAAACACGCUAUUGCGGGGUGUUUGAAUGGCUUGCUAAACAUCUACGAGACUGAGGGCCUGAGAUUUAUUGCACAAAUACACGUUCGAUCCGCACGGGGACGAAACGCAAAAGGAAGCAAGAUCACCGGGAUCGAUGCGAUGCAGAUCCCAGCAGAUGAUUCCCACGGGGAUAUCAAAUUAUUGAUUACCAGCAACGACUCUCGAAUCCGUAUGUAUGAUCUCCGAGAGCGGUCUCUUGAGGCCAAGUUCCGCGGCAACGAAAACGCCUGCAGUCAGAUUCGCGCAUCAUUUAUGAACGACGGCAAACAUAUCAUCUGUGGCAGCGAAGAUCGGCGAGCCUAUGUCUGGCCGGUUGGGCCGGUGGAAAGGGAUGCAGACAAGCGCGCCGUAGAGGUGUUUGAGACGCAGUCGGCCAUUGUAACGGCCGCCAUCGCUGCGCCGGUCAGGACGAAACAGUUGCUGGGGCUAUCCGAAGACCCGAUCUAUGAUAUCUGCAAUCCGCCCCCAGUAGCGUUGAUGACCCCGGCGGAAUAUUCUAAACAAGAAAUCCCGGCGAAGGAAAAUGGGAACGGUCAUAGUCGCACAGCGUCAGCACCACGCUUAUCCGUUGUCACCAAGAUGGCACACGAGUCGCCGUCGUACCUAAUGCGGUCAACACACCCAGAUGGCAACAUCAUCAUUAUUGCGGACUACUCCGGAAAGAUCAAGGUUCUGCGACAGGACUGCGCAUUUCAGAAGCGCCGGUAUGAAAACUGGGACAGCCAUUCGACCUCAAGACGGCUGUUAGGACGCUCGAACUCUGCGCGACGCAGCAUAGCAUCGUCCACCGGCAAAGAGUCGGCACACAAGACACCCUCCGAAAGGAUAAUAUCCUGGCGCAAUUCCGUCCACCGCCAUGGCCGCCCCAGCACCGAGGGUUCUCGCUCUGGGUUCCGCUCGCGCAGCACAUCUCCGCAGCAACAGCAGCGACAACGCGUGCCCACGCUGCGCUUCUCCACCUCACGACCGUCAAGUCUAGGUCCCAACGAAUCCCUCGCCGGCACAACCACCCCACCGCAAUCCCCACGCCGUCCACUCAUCGACAGCGUUCGAUCAAGCGAGGACGCAGAAGCAUCGAACAGCAAAUUCAGUUAUAAGUCGCCCGGUCCAAGCGAGCCACGCGACCUCCCUGCCUCCUCGGCUGAUUUGGUGGCUAGCGGCGAAGGCAAAGAUAAUCCGCUCUGGCUACAGGGUGAUCAAAGCUAUGCCUUCUGGAACAAAAUCACACAUGAUGCUCUCGCCGCGCGCUCACGGCAGUCCAACGACUUUCUCAGUCCGAACCGCUUUCCGUCGGGGGAGCGUAAGACUAGCACCGCUGGCAGCGUGUUGAGUAGUGACUAUGGAUCUUCAAAGAAUGGUGAAGAAGAAGAUGAUGGGCGAGACGUGCUCAGAUGCGAUAAUUGUCGUGGCACGAAUUUCCGGUCUGUGAAGGGGAGGCAUGGGAAGCAGAGAUUGAUUUGUGCACAGUGUCAUCGGCCGGUUACUUGA